AAAAACAACAAUAACCGUUUGGCGAAAACAACAACAAGUGAAGCAUAAUUUGAAGAAACAUCAGAACAAAAGGGAAAACAAAACGGAGUCUGAGAAAGAGAGAGAAACAGCCGUCACUGAGUGGAAGAAAGAUAGCAACAGCGGACGACAACAACGGACUCUGAGAGAAAGAGAAAUAAAACAACGGACUCUGCUAGAAAGAGAGAUAGGAACAACGAAGAGCAAACCAAAAAAAAAGGAGAAUAUUAAAAACAACAAAAGCAGAUUUUGAACAACGGAUUCUGCGGAAAAAAAGGAUUCCAUAAAUUAACGGACACUGAAAAAAAACGACAAAAUCUACAAAAAAAAGAACAUUUUUUGGAUCUGCACCAAUCGUUGUGGGCGUGGCCAAGUGCAUCCAACUGUAAUGUUCCAUUGCCGACGAUCCCUAUUCAUCAUCCAUUCAUCAUUUUCAUACUCAUCAUCAUCAACGUGGGUGCCAUCAACAAAAUGUCCAAAGCGACGGGAAACAUUGGACCGGCGCUAGGAGGUUCAAUCGGUGGAGCAAACGGUGUUAGGACGGAGGAUCACAUAAUAACCAUCAGUACUGCCAGCCUCGCGGAAGCCAGCAACGGAGAAGCACUGAAGCAAUCGUCUGCCAGAGAUCCGCCCAUACACUCAGUUGGGCCACAAUCUGUGGAGGUGCCCCACCACCAGUCGCCCAAAGCAAACAGUGCCCAAACCCAUACGAGCAAUAGAGGGUACUCCCUGUGCCGAUUGUCCCAGCUGGUGAGCUACCAGAAUAACAUUGCGGACGUGCAGCAUCGACGUGGUAGACGCCUCCAUGGACUGCAGUUGCCAUUGCAUCCGUUGCAACUGUUUGGAUGGUUGGUCCUGCUGCUCUUCGGUUUGGCCAGCUAUUGGGUGUUGAUCCCAGCAUUUCAUGCACCGCUACAGGGUCCGCUAUAUGGGCUCAUCACUGGGCUGUAUCUCGUGCACAUUGCCUCACAUUUGACGGCCCUGCUGACGGAUCCGGCGGACAAGGAGCUGCGGCGAGUGCAUCGCAACGAUCGCAUUGUCCCGGAGUUUGAUCGCACCAAGCACGGACACGUGAUUGAGAACGGACGGUGUCAUUUGUGCAACAUACGCACCUCCUCGAGCCGCACCAAGCACUGUUCGGUGUGCAACAAGUGUGUGGGAAAGUUCGACCAUCACUGCAAGUGGUUGAAUCAUUGCAUCGGAUCGAGGAACUAUGUGGCCUUCCUGAUGUGCGUCGUCAGUGCGGUGGUGGCCACACUGGUGAUUGUGGCCGCGGUGAUUGCCCAAAUCGCCUUCUACUACAUCCAACCGGAGUGGCUGAGCUUCUACUGGUGUCGUUCCACCAGCGAUCCGGAUGCCGGACACCAAAUGGAGCCCGGGGACUACAUAAAUCUCACUCUAAGCCUUGGUAAUGGGACCAUGAUGCUGCUGGAGCAGCCACCCGACGACGAAGAACCCCAACAGAUGGAUGAGCAAAUGGAGAACAUAACCAUUUCCACCAUUUCCACCUUGCCCACACUCUUGGAGAAUUUCACGGCUUUGAUUGAGGCAUCUGCCACAUCCCAGCCAGGCAUCAAUAUGACCACGAAUCAGACCAUCACACCCGUAGUGGGGGGAAUAGGCGUGAAUGAAACUAUAUUCCUGCUGCUCCUGGGAGUCCUGGGACUCUUGGCAGCCGUGAGUGCAGGAUUACUUCUCCACCUGUGCUUUUUCCACAUCUACAUCUCGUUUUUGGGGCUCACGACCUACGAGUACAUAAGGAAUCAUCGUCAGGCGCAGGAAGCCAAAGCCAAACAGCUGCUGGAGCAGGGUACAGCCGUGGGAGUGGGCAAAAAUGGAACAGUUCACUUCUCAGCAACCCUCCCAGAGCCCCACAAUCCGUCCAAAACGAUGCCAGGUGGUCAGCAGCUCUACUGUUUCUCCAAGGCGCCACAUCCCAACCAGCAGCAGCAACAGGAGGCGGCUCUCUGCGCGGGACAAACGGAGCAAUCGAUGCGGAUGCAUUGCUGUGCCAGCUCCAGGGAGUUCCAUCAGUCACGGCAGGCCAUCUACCUGUGCUCCCUGCUGGAGGAGCGGACCAGCGCCACCAGUCACCAUCCUCCUCUGCAGGACUCUCUGAGCAGCUUCCAUUGUUGCUCCAGUUUUGCGGCCAGCUCCCUGCAGCGUCGCGUGAGUGUGGCCAAGGGCUCACUGAUCUCUGGAGAGCUACGACCCCAGCGUCCAGCCACGUAUCUGCAGUACACGGAACAGUGCACACUCUGCACCUUUCGCCUGCGACGCGAAGGAGCAGCAGCAGGCGCACCCAGCAGUGCGGGGGGAAGCAGCAGCACGAGGACUCUGUCCAGUCAAGCGGGUUUUUCCUCCGCAUCGGCUAAUGGGGCGGCAGGGAACAUCUCCAAGCAUCAGCGCUGGCGCAGGAAAUGGAACUGCUGUGCCAGUGUCCCGGACAGUCCCGAUGUACCCAAUGAUCUCCUGGCGGCUCUGACCUUCAGAGAGCGCGAGAAUGCGGAAGCGGCGGCCAAGCUGAAUGCCCAAGAGCUGCCAAUACAAUUUAUACGAACUCUGAAUGGGGGCAUGGAUCAUCCGGAGGUGGAACUGCCUGUGAAGACAACGACAACGACGCCGCCGCGCAGCUCUCGAUUGCGGCACAUGCUGCGCCUCCUGGGACGCUAUAGAAGGCCCCGAUGUCGCCAUCAUGGAGGAGGAGCCCACGGCGUGGCGGCCAAGGAGCAUCAUCAGCAUCAUGGCGGGGGCACCAUCAAACAGAAUCAGAUACGUCCGUUGCAACUGCAGGCGGCAGGACGUGGCUACGUCGCCUCCACGACGCCAACAACAACGCCACCCGGCAGUUCGCCGAGUCGGAGCUCCGCAGAGAGCAGCAGCGAAUCGGUGAGCACCAGCAGUCCCUCAAGUGGCUCCAAGAAGGAGCUGAUGCUGUUGCCGACAUCCGUGAUCCGAGAUGAUAGUGUGACAACCUAUACACUCACCCUGCCACCGGCAUUGCCGCCACCCACGCGACGCAAGAUGCCGCAGGCCAGUCAGGAGUUGGCAGAACUUGCCGAGUCCCUGGGAUUUGUCAGCAGUAAUCAUCAUCAUCCGCCGCCGCAACAGCAGCAGCAGCAACACUUGACACCCAACAGUCGACAGAUGCCCCAUAGCCUGGGGAACGUCUAUCGAAGGCAACGGAGGAAGCAUUUCAUGCGCACUCGAUCGCCCACACUGUCGCCCAUCCAUGAAUCCGGCCUCUCCAAUCCGACAUCGCCGAUACCGCUGCGGCACCACCCACACAGCAGUCUAGCACUCAGCUCUAAUUCCAAUCCGGCCAAAUGUUCGUCCCCACUCGCCAACCGUUCGUCGAUGUCCUCAUCCUCGGUGCUCGUCCAGAACCUAUGCAGCCUGGCAGGCGAGACCCUCAGGAAGACAUCGUCCAAUAGUUCGCUCCAAAGCAUCAGCUCCAACUCUAGCAGCACUUAAAUGAGAUGCAAGGGGCACCCAAAUGACAAAGGAGUGUGCUGUGGUGUUAAACAGUUCCUCGAAUGGUUUCUGUUAAGUCCUUUAGAUGAUAGUCAUAGUCAUAGUCAUAGCCAUAGUCGACGUCCCCUUGGCUUUCGGUGGAUCCAGGAAAUCAAUUAAUCUGCAAAUAAGUAUCCAAAGUCAUAACCAAUUGAAAUCAAUUAAGGCCUCCCCCACCGGCGGAGUGGCAGGAAAUUGCCAGUGGAUGCGAUGUGGUUUCAUGGCCCGAAACUUAAUUACCUUUUUUGCAUAGGAUGUUGCGGCUCUUGGCAUAUUCUUUGUUUGAGUUUAUUGAAUGCAUAUCUAAAUUAUUAGAAGUCCUGGCCCGGCCCCUCGAGCGCUAAUCGAAAAUAAUUUUAGUUUGUGGGUCCUUUCUCGGUCUCGGCCUCAAGGAAGCUAUGGAAACGUGGUUUACUCUUGAAUGGAAUUUCACCUUGGAAUUUUACGUUGGGCUGUAUUUUGGCUUGAAUUUCUUUGUUUUAUUCUCCACUAAGGAUGGUUAUUCCUUAUUGAAGUUAGGACGUUCCUAACCUCCUUUGGACAAUCCUGUGUCCGUGUUGCCUAAAAUCAAAGGUUGUUUUCCCUUGGAUUUCCGUUUGAGCAGUGCUGCCACAUCGUUUGUCACUAACAGCAUUAUCCCCACUCUCUAGCACCUACUUACUACAUGUCUAUCCCUAACAAUGUUCGCUUAUCCUUUGUCUUCAUUG